AUGUCCAGCGAACUGAGAAACCUGUUUGACCUCGAGUUGAACCCGUUCGAAAGAUCAUUCGCUUCUAAGGACCAGCAACACCAGGCAGGUGCGUCUGCAUCGGGUGCUGCUGUUGCUGGUGUUUCUGGCGUGGCUCCUGGCGAGCCCCCCAUCCCAAAGAAUUCCACCUCUCAAGGGACAUCCUCACAAAUACAAUUGAACAAGCCUGGUGUCCUGACAAACGGAACAAAGGGAGAAACGCCCACGUCAUCGUCGAAUUCCUCCAAACUAGAAACAUCUGCUGCGUCUGCUCAGUCGACAGCCACCUCGACGCUGUCCGGAAAUAACGACAGAGAACAGACAGAGCCCGGCUCUGCUGGGUCGAACAAGCAUAAUCUUCGGCUUCUGAACUUGCUGAGUGUGGCUGCGCCAGAAACACGAUUACCAGGAUUGACGCCUCCGAUUUUCACUCCGGGGGGCCGUAGACUCCCUCCUAUACACUUAUCGCCCAACGCGACCAUGGGCACCCCAGACACCCCUGGAGGUCUGAGUUUAUGGAGCAGUCUACUUAGUGCAACAAAUGGACAGGGCCACGACGGCCUGACGCAAGCUCAAAACUCGAACUAUGCCCAAUUUGCCAAUAUGAUGCGAAAGCUGGGUCUCACACCCAAUGAGCUGAAUUUACGCUCGGGGCUCACCCCAGGAGUGGGUCACCAGACAUUCAAUUUUGGCCACAUCCCAGGGCUCACUCCUGGCGGGUUGAGCAACGGGCAGAUGACUCCAGGGUUGCUGAGCUUUUUGGGUCUUUCUCACCACCAACCAACUCAAGGUGACGCAGUUCAAGGUGCGCCAGGAGGACAUUCGCAAGCGCAACCCUUACAACAACGACCACAAUUUCCAGCUCCACAACUGCAACAGAACAGAGUGCAACCGCCUCCGCCCCAGAUACUGGCAGCGCCCGCUGAGGAUCACACAUUUGCCAUUCCAACUGAGCCGGUAAAGCCGGUGCCAGCAGUGAAACAAGAGGAAGAUCCCGUUGCAAAGGAAGGGCCACCUGCAAAGAAGUCUAAGACAACCGCUUCCAAGAGCAAGAAGGAGAAGAAGAAAGAUACCGAGACGAAGAAGAAGGCUGCUAAUGCGCAAACAAAUGAGGAGGAAGAAAAACGAAAAAACUUCUUGGAGAGAAAUAGAGUUGCUGCUUCGAAAUGUCGUCAACGGAAAAAACAAAUGGUGCAAAAGAUGGAAGAAGAAUUGGCGUUUUAUUCCUCUGGUUACCGUGAGCUCUCUGCGCAAGUGACGCAGCUUCGAGAACAGCUUCUAACUCUUCGAGGCGUGGUCACUAGUCUCAAGAACUCUCCGGUGUUGAUUAACGCGGUUGGUGGCUACCAACAACUACAGAACAUCCUAAGCCAAACAGAUUACAUUGCUCAGGCUGCUGCUAAUUCACAACCUAAUUUUCAUCUGAUGCCAAGCACGAUUCCAACCACAUUGAACGCCUCUCUGCAAGGGCUGCUGCAACUGCCACCGCAGAUCCCAAAGUUCAAUGGACAACAGCAUGGGCAAGCAGCCUCGCCUGGGCAUACGGCAUUACAGGGAAAUCAUCGAAACAUUGCUCCUAAUCAACACCAUGGCAUGACCCAGAUGCCCUACCAGCAAGCAAACGUGAAUAUACCUCCUGAAGCGCCAGUUGAAGAAGUACCUAGACAUUUCACAGGAGAAAUGGGAUUGAGCAAUAUGCUGUCAGUGGACAACACUGGCCAACUCAAAAGUCUGAGCAGCACAUCAAACUUGCAGAAUAACAAAAUAGACGAUGGUGGGUAUACUGGACUACGGAAUGUCGUAAGCAUGGCCAAUUUGCAAGGAUGA